AAAAAAAAAAAAAAAAAAAAAAUCAGAGAAACAAUGGAACGUGGAGCUGGUCUCUCUCGCUAUCAUCAUCCAAAACCCACAUCCGGCUUGAAUUGGAAUCAUCAACCCGAGAACCCGAACGCGAACCCGACCCGGGAGCCCACGGGCCAGGAUCCGAACCCGAACCAUGCGGGCGAGAACGACAACAUGGUGCCGCCCCAGAUAUGCAUGGUGCGUGAGCAAGACCAGUACAUGCCCAUCGCCAACGUCAUCAGGAUCAUGCGUCGGAUCCUGCCGGCUCACGCCAAGAUCUCCGACGAUGCGAAGGAGACCAUCCAAGAGUGCGUGUCCGAGUACAUCAGCUUCGUCACCGGCGAGGCCAACGAGCGGUGCCAGCGCGAGCAGCGCAAGACCAUCACGGCCGAGGACGUGCUCUGGGCCAUGGGCAAGCUCGGGUUCGACGACUACGUCGAGCCACUCACCAUUUUUCUCACCCGUUACCGCGAGUGCGAAACUGACCGCGGCAGCUCGCUCAGGGGCGAGAGUCAGUACAAGUCGGGUGGGUUCCAUGGCACAAUGGCGGCUCAGCAGGUGACUGCUCCGCCAUAUGGGUAUGGAGUUUUCGACCCGUCUGUGAUGAUGGGUGGGUAUUACCAGAACGGGGCGGGUCAGGGAGGCGGCGGGGCGUCGUCGUCUUCUUCCAUGGGAGGAGGCAUGCCUUCUGCUUAUGAUCCAUAUGGCCAUCAGUACAAGUGAUUUUGAGGAAUUUGUAUUUCUAUAGAGGGAUUCAGAAUGUGCUGCUUGUUUUUUUGCCCCGGUUUCUGGUUUCUGGUUUCUGGUUUCUGGUUUCUUCUUCACCUGGUGCCUUCCAAAUAGAAAACUCUUGUUGAAUAACAGAAAGGGCAGAUUUUUGCAUUCUUGAA